GAGAGCAGCGCCUGCCGGCAGCCCGCCAUGGCCUACCUGGAGUGCCGCAUGGAGAGGCAGCUUAUGGCUAACGAACCGCUGGAAAAAUUGGGAUUUAAAGACCUGAUAGAUGAGAAACCAGAAGCAAAACCUGAGAAGUUGUAA